GGGGUGUAAGGUUCCGAGGGGUUGCGUUUUUUUCGUGGGGCUACAGCUUCUAGCUGUGCUCGCCGGGGCUCGCUCGUACGGCCUCAGGAGGGCUUGGUUUUUAAGCUGCCUUUCUCUUCUUCCUUUUAUUUCUCACGAUCUGUCCCCCAAAAUUUUCUUUCUCGCCCCGCGCUCCAAAAUUGUCCACAAUUUGGCCUCCGGAUCUGACUCUUUUGUUUCGGGAAGGGAUAAGGGUCUCAGGGUGAUUUGAUGAGCGAAACGUCUCGAUUCGGGUUUAACAGCCGUAACGUCGUCAACGAGGCAGUAGCAGCCUUCGCGGUUAGGCUUAGCAGCGCCGAGCCGCCGACUCGUCUGCUCUUCUUGGGCCGCACGUUGACGUCGCUGUCGUUGUUGCCGCACCAUGAAACAGGAGGUGUUCCUCGAGUGUGCCAUGGCGGUCGACGCCUCCGGCGACUCCGCGGGUCGGGCCGACCGGACCUCUGCGCGACGUCGCAACGCCAGCACCAGCGGCGGAGGAGACGCUGCGCCGAGCGACGUGUUGCUCCUUGACGACACACCCGUUGGCACGCCGUGCUCCGACUUCCUGGCGAUCGAAGAUCUGCCUAGCAUCCUCUCUGUUGAGGAGGGGACGCUCUGCGCUGAGGAGCAGCAGCAGCAACAACAGCAGCGGCAGCAGCAGCGCCGGCGCAAGAAGAAAAAGCGCACAGGCUCGAGCCUGGCGGCGAGCAACUUCUCCGACCUGUACUCCCUCACUGGGGAAGUGCUCGGCUGAGGGUGCCUAUGCCUCGGUACAGACUUGCAUCUGCCUCUACACCGGCAAGGAACACUGCCGUCAAGAUCAUUGAGAAAGGUCCUGGCCACAGCCGGGCCCGUGUAUUCAGGGAAGUGGAGACAUUCCAUCACUGUUCAGGCCACAAGAACAUCGUUCAGCUGAUUGAGUUCCUUGAAGAUGAAAAUCGGUUUUACCUUGUUUUUGAGAAGAUGCGCGGGGGUCCCCUGCUGCGACACAUCGAACAGCGAGUGCAGUUCACCGAGCAUGAGGCGAGCCGUGUGGUGCGGGAUAUUGCCGAAGCUCUGCGCUUCCUGCACUCCAAGGGCAUUGCGCACAGGGACCUCAAACCAGAAAACAUCCUGUGCUUCGACACAGAUCAGAUCUGGCCCGUAAAGAUCUGCGACCUCGACUUGGGUUCUGGUGUGGUGUUGCUGCCGGGCAACGAGGCAACGCCGCCCACAACGCCCGAGCUGCAAACGCCUGUCGGCUCGGCCGAGUUCAUGGCGCCCGAGGUGGUCGGGGCAUUUGUGGGCGAGGCGCACACUUACGACAAGCGCUGUGACCUCUGGAGCCUUGGUGUCAUCAUCUACAUCCUGCUGUGCGGCUACCCGCCGUUUUAUGGACGCUGUGGCAGCAGCUGCGGCUGGGAGCGUGGAGAGUUUUGCCAGGCUUGCCAGGACCAGCUGUUCACCUCGAUCCAGGAGGGCUGGUAUGACUUCCCCGACCGUGACUGGGCCAGCAUUUCAGACGAGGCCAAGGACCUCAUUUCGCACCUCCUCGUCAAGGAUGCCAGCCAGCGCUACACGGCUGAGGAAGUCCUCGCCCAUCCCUGGGUGGCCCACGGUGGGCCCAGUACUGCCCUGCACACCCCUUCGAUCAUUCGCAGGAACAACAGUGCUCGCGACCUUGCCGCAUUCGCUGAGAGUGCCAAUGCGGUCAAGCGGCUGGUCCAACACCAGAUGGCUUGGAGCAUGGAGCUGCGCUGUGGCCCGCCCCGUUCACUGGACACCCCCGAUCCAUCUCCUCCAACUGGCGGCUUUGGCCUCUCCCCUCCUGGGGAGUCGAAGCUCGCCCAACGCCGUCGCGCUGGCCGUUCUCUGAGCCUGCGCAGCUCAGUCGAGUCCAUCUCUCUCUCUGGCUGACUUUUGCUUUUUCCCUCUACCCUCUCUUUUUUUUUCUGCCUUUUCUUCCUGUUCCUGUUGCCUUUUUUUCUCCAGUCUGUCUUACUUGCUAUCCCCACUCUAGCCCCUCCUUGAGCCAUGGACUGUAAAGAAGUCCCUCAAAAACUCCUGUUUAAAAGGGUGUUCCCAAAACUUCCUUUUAGAGGAGAGUACACUCCAAAAGCACCCUUCAGAGGGUAAUCCCAACAUGCCCCGGACUCUGUGAAGAACUUCACGUCCUUGUUUUUUUGCCUACCUCAACCUCUUUAAAGAGACAGUGUAAAGCUGCGCCUUCUUCCAGGGUUCGUUUGGACUGCAACUGACAUUUGAGUGCUCGAGUUGUGCGUUGUCAGCAACCGCAAAACUGUAUGUGAACAAUGAUCUGUGAACUGGCUCGGUUGUGACGACGAAGUGUUGUUGCUCCUCAACGAGAAGCUGCGACAGCCGAGGAUUUUUCUCUUCCUUCGAGAUCAGUCGGUGCCGUUCCCACGUCGAGUCGUCAUUGUCGUUUCUGUGACAGACUGCCUUCGGAAGUGUCAACCUUGGUGUCAAGCCAGCUCGCCAUUACGCAUCGGAGGGCUUAAUGCGUCGGUGCUCGGAACUUCAGCUGCAGUGCAGAAGGCUCCCGGAAAAAAGUAGCUGCUUUAGUUUUCUGGAAGGGUCUCGUGAAAGUAUCACCAGAGAAGGGAGGGGGGGGGGAGGCUGGUGAGUACGGAAUCGAGACCGCUUCACCCUAUCAGCGACCCGCUCCAUGGUCAAAUUUUGGGGAAAAGGAAAAAAGGUUGUGUGCAGUGCUUCUAGAGUUUCUUCUGGCCUGGCUCCAUCCUCCCUUAAUUUUUCGCUGCCCACCUCCUUUUGCCACCCACCGCAAAACAGUCUCUCUGUCUCACUCUAGAGUUUUCUGGUUGUGUGAAACGCGGAGUGAAGGUGGGGAAGGUUGUGUGCGACAAUGCAGCAAACUUGCAGGCUUUUCUGUGUACUUAACCAGCCAUCUUUUUAGUUUUUCAGAUAAAAAAAAUGGCAAUGUGUGCAUAACCACUUAACUGUCUGCCAGAUGAAGGGUUACCUCUGUUAAAAAAGAAAAAAAAAAAGUGCACAGGACUGUUUGAACAGGGUUCGCUGUUGGUUCGUCACAACCUCCCUGUAUAGAUGGAACCUGCAAGUGCUGUCCUGAGAGGAAAACAAAAAAAAACAAAAAAAAAACAAAAAAGUUUAUUUUCUUCGAUGUCAGAAGUGAUAAUGUAACGCUAUAGUGUGCCUCAAUGCAGUCUCUCAUGGACCGCGCUUUUUUUUUUCCCUUGUGUAGCCUAACCGUGGGUUUUUUGGAAGGCAUCGUUGGUUCUUGCUACGGUUAUACUUUGCUCUUUUGCUGGCCCUUGUUUCUAUUCUUCUCGUUGUCUCACUUUUUCUGCCAAUUCUGUUGUACCUGUGUAGAACAGUGGCGUGCCAGACUAAUUCCAGCGUGCGAUUUAUCUUGCUUAGUCUUCUACACGCCUCUUUGAUGUGUGGCGGUCUAUUCUAGUGGUGGUGCACGUCGCAAGUCGCUCGUGUCAGCCGAAAGCCGUGAACUGCUGCUUUUCUUCCCGAGCUUUUCUUCCCGAACUCUAUUUUUUUAAUUUGAUCCGAACGUCUUUGUUCGUACUUUUUUACCGUUUAUUUAUGAUGUAGUUGUUCAGUUUCCUGCAAAAUAAAAUGGGAAGAAAAGAAGGCUUUAAGAAUAACGCAUUGCGCCCAUCGCUCAAGGAAGAUCAUGUGCGUCAUGUUCCAUUGCUCAUUGUCACCCUUUUCUUCCAUUCUUUUUUUUUUUCUCCCGAGGAUGGGUAGUCUUCGAGUCAUAACAAAUCAUUCUCAGUCAUCUCUUUCCUUUUCCCAGUUAUAUAUUAAUUUUUUUGUAAAGAUUUACAAAAUAUCUUCUCGAAGGGGGAGCAAAAUUAGUCCUCUUUAUUUCUCUCACAGUAAUUAUUACGUUGAAAAAUACCCCUUCCAAAGUCGUCUACCUUGCUCUACAAGUCUUACGAGGUUUAUAGAAGCGGUGCCUUCGUGUUGGGAAUCUUUUUUCCUAAACAGGUUCAUCCAGAUGUUCUUGUCUGUUCUUGUCGGAACUGAUGCCUGGAACAGCUGUCGUGAUUUAUGCCUUAAUGAGCUUUAUUAUCCUCGAACCCAACGCCAUUUUCUAGUGUGCCCGUUCUCUCUCUUCUUUUUUUUUUCUUUUACAUGAUUCCAUAUUUCGUUGGCAUCCGCACGAGUUCUCUCCAUGUUCUUGAGAGAGAACUUGGAACGCUGUUCCUUGUCCCCACUCCUUCUGAAAACCUUGUCCAGUCCGUGUCAACUACUGCUGUUACUACUGGAAAUUGUCGUCCAUGUAUCUGUGAUAAGCUUUAAAAAACCUUUUUUUUUUUCUUUUCUUUUGAAGAAAAUGUUCUUCGAUUACUUCGAUCGCAAUGAAUGCUGCUGUAGUGCCAAAAUUUGAAGCGUGGUUAUAAAACAAAUCGGUUUUCGUUGCAUGUCGCUAGGAUCUUGCAAGCAUGUGAGUGAAUACCGUUUUGUUUCUCCUAGAUUGUGACAUGUUCAAACAAGCACACACAUACACAAGAUGAUGGUAAUAAGGCGAAAAUCUUGCUGCACAGUUUUACAAAAUGUAAACAUUGCUGCUUGUACACGUUUCCAAUCGUAUAUAUACAUAUAUGUACACACACUCUGUACACUGUACUAUUGUCAUUGCAGACUGCGGUCCUGUCACAUUGAUAGGGAAACGUGGUGUUGUGCAUUUUUUUUUCUCUUUGUUUUCGGCUCCAUUUUUUUUUUCUUUUCUUAUGUAGCGGGAGAAAAAACUGUUUCUGUGCUUCCGGAUCAAAAUUGUCAUGUUAUCACAACUCUUUCUUCAGAACUGUACACGCAUCCCAUGUGGGUAUGAAAAAAAAAAGUACAAAGUUUAUUGUUUGAUUUUUCUUUGUGUUGAUAUAAUGACAGAGAAUUGUGAAAAAUAAAAAAAAAAUCUUUCGACCAAUGCGAAAA